AACCCAAAUGCGCCYKAAGCGAGAUGAGCGAAUUGUUCUUUCAGAACUAAGCAAAAGUACGAGAUGGCGGCGGGUUAUUCCAUCCAUCUCGAGAUGAACAGCCAACAUCCGAUGCUUCACAAUACCAACACGUUCACGAUGAAGCAUGACRAAUAAAUCACGAUGGCUAGAGUAAUACUUACCCGCAAUGAGAAAAAUAGGAGUCUGGAACAGCAUAAAGCUUUGACGCGGUGCAUCGAAGGUACCAUUCAGAGGGAACACGACUGCUGCUGUUCUCCCGACCAUGACAACAGUUGUCAAGGCAACAUUCCCCUGGAAAUUAUUGUAGAUCACGUGACUCCCUUUUUGGAUCGCACGACCUACAAUUCGUUCCUUUUGCUUAGUCGCCGGGCACAUAGCAUUCUAACCACCCCGCGGUGGCAAUCCGAUCCACUUCUAUCGCAGCAGGAGCAGCAACAACAAUUCCCUCCCUGGCCAAGGAAAGUCGUGGCAAGGGAUCACUCCUGUCGAGUUCGAUGUCUUACUUUUAGCGACGAUCACUCUCUCUUGGCGUGCGGGUGUUUCGACGGGAAAAUCAGGUCAUGGGACGUGCGAACAGGAGAGCUGCCACUGCCUUACGAAGGCCACUGGCCGGACGAGGCCGUGGUGGCUGUAGCAUACAGUAGCAGCAAUCGCAACCUUACGAAGUGGAAUGAUYGGAAAGCGAACARCCGGCGGAUGCUAGCUUCUUCCUCGACCGAUGGGACCAUUCGCAUCUGGCGUGUCCAACCAAACCCUGAAACGAGGAGGGCAGGAACCUGUGGGGAUUCAUGGAGCAAGGCAGAAACAUACUCAAAAACAGCCGAACGGGUACAACCUUUGGCAAACGGGACCGCGUCGGUCUUCGCAAGCACUAAGAGACAAAGGACGGCAACGGUUGGAGACGAAGGWAAUGAAUGCGAAGGAGUAACCAAAAACUCGCCAACUUGCCUUAUAUGCAUUGCUGCGGAUCACGCAUAUUCGCUUCAUUUUUCACCGGAUAACUCCUAUCUGGUCUCGGGGCACCUUCCGGUUUCCAGAACGSAGGCUACCUUGCAGCUCGGGGAAACAAUACAAAUUUGGGACGUCUGGACGGGGAUCCGACUGAGACGGUUGGAAGGUGGCGGGGUCCCAGUAGCUUUUCUGCCGUCGCAAACGCUUCCGCGUGAUCCGUCUCAAUUGAAUUCGCAAAAAAGCUACGAUUACUGCGCAACGAACGAUGAUCAAAACGAAAACAAAAACGGCASUUCAUCCGCAUCAAGAACAGAGCACAGACUGAUUUCAUCGUGCGGUCCGAGCAAAUGCUUCAAGCUGUGGAGUUGGAGCGACGGUACCCGAUGUGACAACACCAGCAAUAUUGCAGCGACCGAGGGUGAUACAGUGCUGGAAAACGACCGCUGCGUUCAACGAUGGUUCCUGGAUCCCUUCAAUACGGUGGUACCCGUGCCCACGGGUGCGAUGGCAACUGGGGGCGGAAACGAUCGAAGCACUAAGGUUCGCUGCGAACUCCUCGUUGCGUCCAUCGAUGGACCCGAUUCGUUUGCGAUCUGGAACACAAGUGAGCCCGGGAAGCGRCGAACCUUUCGCAACACGAGCCCCUACGAAAUACAGUUCUCGCCGGACGGUCGAAAGGUCGCGAGCGUUGACGAUUUCAACAAGGUGAAGGUAUGGCGUGUUUCCGAUGGGACCCUUCUCCAAAGCUUUUCCGGAGAAACCUAUUGCGAAGCAAGCGAUGGCGGUUAUGGCGGUUCAAGUGGAUGCUCCCGCUGCUGCCGCCGCCCUUGUGGAAGGUGCAGCAGUAGCAGCAACACCGUGACGAAGGAGAACGAUGGCUUCGAGGAAUCCUCACCAACAUCUAGUAGCGGAGRUGGCAGUGGUGGUGGUCUUUUCCCCAUCCACGAACUGGCAUUUUCRAAAAACUCGUCGACAGUGGCGGUGAUCUCUCGCUACUACAACGAAGUGCAUCUGUUUUCGGCUUAAAAUUGCCGCCAUUUCAAAGCGCCAACUCUGUGUUGAACAAGACUGAGGAAGGAACGAAGAAUCUCGGAGKAAAGCAUAGCG